AUGUAUUUGGAAGUCGUAGAAUGCUUGAACGAUGUCAAUAAAUCAAUAUAUGGUGUACCAGCCAUAAUUAGUUUUAUUGCAGCAAAUGUUGCCGAUAUAAUUUAUAUCAUAUACAGUUUUGUAUUAUUUCCUAGGUACCAUCAGAAACUUUUUGUAUUACCUAUCAUAAUAUUAUUAGUGAGAGUAUAUAAUGUUCUAACAUUAUACAUGAUUGGUCACACCACUGAAAAAGAGAUAAACCGGAUGAGUCUUGUGUUACAUCAACGAUCUGUAAUCGAAAGAAACCCUAGAAUUAAACGUCAGAUCAAGUUUUUUUUACUACGGAGAUUGCACGAACACUUCCAUUUUCAGUUGUAUGGAAUGUGUCCUAUCAAUGUAAGACAACUACUUAUUCUAACAAACAGUGCAAUUGGUUAUUUAGUAGUUCAAAUUCUGUUCAAAUUGAAUAAAUAA